AUGAUCGAAAUAGAGGAUGUUGAUGAAAAAAAUGCCUCUGUAAUUCUUGAGGCGAGCUUCGAUUACUUGAAGGAUUUGAUGACUAAGACAUGUUUCUUGUUGUGCUCUUUAUUUCCCGAAGAUCAUGAGAUUUAUGUGGAGGACUUGGUAAGAUAUGCAUGGGGACUGAAGUUGUGUAAAUGUAUCGACCCAAUUAAAUAUGUUAGAAGCGAAGUGUUUGCAUCGAUUGAGGUCCUCAAGAACUCUGUUUUGUUGCUAGACUGCAGAGAAAGGCAUGUUAAAAUGCAUGAUGUGGUUCGCCAAUUUGCUUUGUGGAUAGCAUCUUCAAGAAAGGAGAUUUCUUUUGGGACUGUUGAAACACUCCCGAUGGAUGAAAGUUUCAAGCAUUAUACAGCAAUCUCCUUCGAAACUGAUCAAACGGAUAAACUUCCAAGAGGAGUGGGUUUUCCAUACCUGAAACUUCUUUUACAUGGUGGCAAUCGUUUCAUGGAAACUUCAAGCAAAUUCUUUGAGGGUAUGAAGGGAUUACAAGUUUGUUCUUUGGAAGGUCAAUUGAUAUCUCUAGCUGCAUUUAAGUUUCAUAUGAACCUUCGAACUUUGUGUUUGAUUGAUUGUCAACUCUCUGACAUCUCGAUGCUUGGGAAGCUGAAGUCACUUCAUAUUCUCUCUUUAAGUGGAUCUAAUAUCAUUGAAUUACCGGCUGAAGCUGGUGAUCUAGAAAAUGUAAGACUUUCAUUAAAAUGGGUGUAUGAGAAUUCAACUGAAAGGGAAAGCUAUUCCAGCCUAUCAGAGUUGAAUUUAUUGCCAAAGUUGGUUGUAAUAUCACUGGAAAUUUCUUCUGAACAUCUUCUAGAUGGCUUUGUGUUUCAUAGAUUAUGGAGCUUUGAUGUUUGGAUUGGCAUAACAUUCGAUGCGCAAUCGAGGGACCUUGAAACUUAUCCAAUCUCAAGAUCUUUGAGAAUUGUUAAGUCUGUAGAUGCAUGCAAGCAACUAUUUGAAGAUGUAGAAUCUCUUCAAUUGAAUGCUAUGAAGGGUCAUCCAAACCUUAUUCCGAGCUUGGACUUGGGAUUUAGUAAGUCGACUUCUCUAGAUCUUCGACGGUGCCACUCUAUGUAA